AUGAAAUCAUGUUCACCUCAACCCACACCUACAAUUUGGUACAAUGCAAAUAUGUUUUAUAAAGAUGGUAUUCAAUACAAAUUUCACAAUUCAUCAACUUCGAAAGAUGUUCUCAACUUUUUUGGAUUAGAAAAUGGUUAUCUACAAACUCAACUUGGCCAUCAAAAAGUUAUUAAUGCUAAUCCAAAUUAUUUACCAACAUCUGGUACUUUUCAUGUUGUUGAACAAUCUUCAAAAUUUUUAUUUUUCAAAAUCGCUGUAUUAAUAAUUUCAAUUAACUUUAUAAUUCAAAUUAUAUAUUAUUCAAUUAAAAUUUUAAAAUAA